CCCUCUGCCCCCUGCGGAGUUGUGUUUUCUGGGAAUCAGCAAGUAAGAUCACAAGUGGUCUUUUCUUUUAUUCACUCUCUCCCAUAAAGAAAGCUUUAUCACGUGUGGCCUUAAACUUGCAGCAAAUUGCAAAGAAAUGGCUCAAAAGCUUCAGCUCUUUCUGUGCCCUGGGAGCUGAGAUGCACGUCAGUGGCCUUGCCAGCGUGGCCAAUUCUCUGCUGACUGCCAGAAAAAAGAGGCCAGGAGGAAAGAGGAAAGAGAAGAGAUUGCUCAGGGCCUGUGGUGUGUGGUCCAUCCUCUUGCUGAGCACAUUGAAAGGAACUGGCUAUCUUUGAUCUCUCCCUCCAGAUCAGAGUCAAGGAAUGUGUUUAUAAUGGACACUUCAUCCAAAGAAAAUAUCCAGUUAUUCUGCAAAACUUCAGUGCAACCUGUUGGAAGGCCUUCUUUUAAAACAGAAUAUCCCUCCUCAGAGGAAAAGCAACCAUGCUGUGGUGAACUAAAGGUGUUCUUGGGUGCCUUGUCUUUUGUUUACUUUGCCAAAGCAUUGGCAGAAGGCUAUCUGAAGAGCACCAUCACUCAGAUAGAGAGAAGGUUUGAUAUCCCUUCUUCACUGGUGGGAGUUAUUGAUGGUAGUUUUGAAAUUGGGAAUCUCUUAGUUAUAACAUUUGUUAGCUACUUUGGAGCCAAACUUCACAGGCCAAAAAUAAUCGGAGCAGGGUGUCUAAUAAUGGGAGUUGGAACAUUACUCAUUGCAAUGCCUCAGUUCUUCAUGGAGCAGUACAAAUAUGAAAGAUAUUCUCCUUCCUCCAAUUCUACUCUCAGCAUCUCUCCGUGUCUCCUAGAGUCAAGCAGUCAAUUACCAGUUUCAGUUAUGGAAAAAUCAAAAUCCAAAAUAAGUAACGAAUGUGAAGUGGACACUAGCUCUUCCAUGUGGAUUUAUGUUUUCCUGGGCAAUCUUCUUCGCGGAAUAGGAGAAACUCCCAUUCAGCCUCUGGGCAUUGCCUACCUGGAUGAUUUUGCCAGUGAAGACAAUGCAGCUUUCUAUAUUGGGUGUGUGCAGACGGUUGCAAUUAUAGGACCAAUUUUUGGUUUCCUGCUAGGCUCAUUAUGUGCCAAACUAUAUGUUGACAUUGGCUUUGUAAACCUAGAUCACAUAACCAUUACCCCAAAAGAUCCCCAGUGGGUAGGAGCCUGGUGGCUUGGCUAUCUAAUAGCAGGAAUCAUAAGUCUUCUUGCAGCUGUGCCUUUCUGGUAUUUACCAAAGAGUUUACCAAGAUCCCAAAGUAGAGAGGAUUCUAAUUCUUCCUCUGAGAAAUCCAAGUUUAUUAGAGAUGAUCACACAGACUACCAAACACCCCAGGGAGAAAAUGCAAAAAUAAUGGAAAUGGCAAGAGAUUUUCUUCCAUCACUGAAGAAUCUUUUCGGAAAUCCAGUAUACUUCCUCUAUUUAUGUACAAGCACUGUUCAGUUCAAUUCUCUGUUCGGCAUGGUGACCUACAAACCAAAGUACAUUGAGCAGCAGUAUGGACAGUCAUCCUCCAGGGCCAACUUUGUAAUCGGGCUCAUCAACAUUCCAGCAGUGGCCCUUGGAAUAUUCUCUGGGGGGAUAGCUAUGAAAAAAUUCAGAAUCAGUGUGUGUGGAGCUGCAAAACUCUACUUGGGAUCGUCUGUCUUUGGUUACCUCCUAUUCCUUUCCCUGUUUGCACUGGGCUGUGAAAAUUCUGAUGUGGCAGGACUAACUGUCUCCUACCAAGGAACCAAACCUGUCUCUUAUCAUGAACGAGCUCUCUUUUCAGAUUGCAACUCAAGAUGCAAAUGUUCAGAGACAAAAUGGGAACCCAUGUGUGGUGAAAAUGGAAUCACAUAUGUAUCAGCUUGUCUUGCUGGUUGUCAAACCUCCAACAGGAGUGGAAAAAAUAUUAUAUUUUACAACUGCACAUGUGUGGGAAUUGCAGCUUCUAAAUCCGGAAAUUCCUCAGGCAUAGUGGGAAGAUGUCAGAAAGACAAUGGAUGUCCCCAAAUGUUUCUGUAUUUCCUUGUAAUUUCAGUCAUCACAUCCUAUACUUUAUCCCUAGGUGGCAUACCUGGAUACAUAUUACUUCUGAGGUGUAUUAAGCCACAGCUUAAGUCUUUUGCCUUGGGUAUCUACACAUUAUCAAUAAGAGUUCUUGCAGGAAUCCCAGCUCCAGUAUAUUUUGGAGUUUUGAUUGAUACUUCAUGCCUCAAAUGGGGAUUUAAAAGAUGUGGAAGUAGAGGAUCAUGCAGAUUAUAUGAUUCAAAUGUCUUCAGGUACCAAAUCAAAAGCAUUCCCGCAUCUCACUGCUACAGCAUCCCAGAUUUACACAAUGCCACUGACACUAACAAGUUUUCAUGUCAUUUCACUGCUUGUAAGACAUAUAUAUCUGGGACUAACUGUGAUACUGGGCACAGUGUCAAUUUUCCUAAGCAUUGCAGUACUUUUCAUUUUAAAGAAAAAUUAUGUUUCAAAACACAGAAGUUUUAUAACGAAGAGAGAAAAAACUAUGGUGUCUACAAGAUUCCAAAAGGAAAAUUGCACAACAAGUGAUCAUCUGCUACAACCCAAAUACUGGCCAGGCAAGGAAACUCAACUUUAGAAACAUGACAACCGGAAGUCAUGUGUUCUAAUUGGUGGACAUUUUGCAAACAAAUAAAUUGUAAUCAAAAGAGCUCUAAAUUUGUAAUUUCUUUCUCCUUUCAAAAAAUGUCUACUUUGUUUUUGGCCCUAGGCAUUAGAUAAUAUAACUGAUAACAAAUAUACUGAAACAUAUAAUGGAAGAUGCAGAUGAUAAAACUAAUUUUGAACUUUUUAAUUUAUAUGAAUUUUUUAUAUCAUUUACUUAUUUCACUUUAUUUUGCCUUGUGCUUAUUGAUAUAUAUUAGCUGUACUUCUAGAACAAUUGUCUCUAUUGCCACACAUGGCUAUAUUCAAAGUAAUUUCUGAACUGUGUCAUGUGUCUAGAGUAAGAAAAUACUGCUAAAAAUUAACUCAUACCUUGGGCUCCUUCAAGUAUUACUUCUAUAGUAUUUUCUCCCAUAGCUGUCUUCAUCUGUGUAUUUUAAUAAUGAACUUAGGAUGGAGCAGAACAUGGAGAGGAAGAUUUCAUUUUAAGUAUCUCCUUUUCUUUGAAAUACAGUAAUUUAUAUAGAAAUGUAUAGCAGCAAAUUAUAUUGGGGAUUAGAAUUUUGAAUUAAUAGCUCUCCUACUAUUCAUUUACAUGUGCUUUUUGUGUGGCGCUAUAAGUGACUACGGUUGUAAAGUAAUAAAAUUGAUGUUAACAUGCCUUAUUGUUCUUUUAUGAAUUCAGUGAAUUUAAAACUAUUGUUAAAUAUAAUGCUGCCCCUAAUUUAAUAUAUGUAAGCAACUUCCUACUUAUAUACAUGACGUGUUCCUAAAACAUGUUUGAAAGGUGAAUUUCUGAACGUCUACAAUAAAUGUAGGUGUUACAACAGGAAUAGAGAGUGAUGGAUGAGUGAUGGGAAGUCUGAGUGUGGUACCUUUUGGUGCUCCACCUGCCCGCAUCACAGGGCCGAAGGACUCCUGCGCAGGGAGUUGCCACUGGGACAGUUUGCCAGAUAGCUCUGUUUC